AUCAGCUGUUUUUGUCGUGAUAUGUAAUUUUUCAGCUACUUUCGGUGUACCUCAUAAUAUUUUUUAUUUUUUGAAUUAAAUGAUUAUUGUGACAAAAUGAUUUUACAGUGCGCCUAUUUAAGAGGCACUUUUACGCGGUUGUUAAGUUACGGGCAUUUGCAUCAACCUGUGUUUGGUUUGCUGCGACCUGCAAUAGGCAAUAGAGGCUUUAGCUCACUGAAAAGUUUGCGUCCAAUACAAAAACAAAUAGUCGGACACUUGUUAUCACAUAAAUCCGCAAUAGGUGGUAAUGUGCGUCUCCGACUUACGCGAUUUCAAGGAAAUACAAGCAACGGUACACAGAAAAUUGAGACCGUAAAAGUAAAAUUACAUAGAAAGGAUGUAUUACGGCUAGUUAGCUUGGCGAAGCCAGAAAAAUUGGUGCUUACUGUGGCAAUGGGCUGUCUGAUAAUUUCUUCAGCCAUCACAAUGAGUGUACCUUUUGCUUUGGGUAAAAUAUUAGACAUAAUUUUUGAUAAAAAGGAAACAAAUGCGGAGACCAUGAAAAAGUUGAAAGAUUUUUCCCUCAUACUGUUAUGUAUUUUCGUGCUUGGUGGUUUGACGAAUUACUUCAGAGUUUUUCUUUUCAAUAGCGCAUCUUUACGUAUUGUAAGGGAUUUGCGGUCCAAAGUCUACAAGCGUAUGCUGUUGCAAGAAACAGGAUGGUUCGACACAAAAGGUACUGGCGAAUUACUUAACCGUCUAGUGAAUGAUACAUAUAUGAUUGGGAAUUCCUUAAGUCAAAAUUUAUCAGAUGGUCUGCGUUCCGCUGUCAUGAUAAUAGCGGGCACAUCUAUGAUGAUAUACACCUCACCGAGUCUGGCGCUUGUUAGCACGUGCGUUGUACCCUGUGUCGCUGGUAUGGCUAUAAUUUACGGUCGCUAUGUACGCAAUAUUACGCGUAAUCUUUUAGAUAAAUUUGCGAUUAUAUCGAAAUCUGUUGAGGAACGUUUGGGUAAUGUUAAAACCGUUAAAGGCUUUUGUAAGGAAUAUGAAGAGAGCAAAUCUUACGAUUUACUACUUGCUGAUGCCCUAAGCCUUGGUUACAAGGAAGUGCAAGCACGUUCGAUAUUCUUUGGCUUAACUGGCUUCUCAGGCAAUGUGAUAAUAAUUUCUGUGCUCUAUUACGGUGGCUCGCUGGUUAUAAGCGAUGCGCUCACUAUUGGCGCCCUAACCUCAUUCAUUCUAUAUGCUGCAUACUCAGCUAUAUCAAUAAAUGGACUAUCAAAUUUUUAUACAGAGUUGAAUAAAGGUGUGGGGGCGGCACAACGUGUGUGGGAAAUUCUCGACCGGGAAUAUAAAAUACCACUGGAUACCGGCAUAAUACCCAAAUUCCCACCUCGGGGUGAAGUUAAAUUUGAAAAUGUGCUGUUCAGUUUUCCCUCACGUGAGGAGAGCAUUAUUUUAAAUAACUUUAAUCUGACGCUGCUACCAGGUGAAACAACAGCGGUGGUUGGACGUAGUGGCUCAGGAAAGACAACCAUAGCCACAUUAUUGUUGCGCUUAUACGAUCCACUACAAGGAAUAGUGCUAUUGGACGGCGUCGAUUUAAAAGAACUUAAUCCAAUAUGGUUGCGUAGUCACAUAGGCGCGGUUAAUCAGGAACCUACACUUUUUUCCGGCACAAUACGUGACAAUAUACUUUAUGGUCUUAAUCCUGGAACUGUAAUUACGGAGUCAGCAGUUGAAGAUGCCAUAAGAAAAGCACAUGUUGACGAAUUUGUAUCACAAUUGCCAGAUGGUCUGAAUACGCUAGUCGGUCAACGUGGCAUGAUGCUGAGCGGUGGUCAGAGGCAACGUGUUGCUAUAGCUAGAGCACUUAUAAAGAAUCCAGCAAUAUUAAUAUUGGACGAAGCAACAAGCGCCUUAGAUUCUGUAUCUGAAGAGUUGGUACAGAAUGCCAUUGAACAAGUGUCCAAAGGACGCACUGUACUUACAAUAGCACAUAGAUUGAGCACAAUAAGGAAUGCCGCUAAAAUUGCGGUCUUAGAAAAUGGUAGUGUGGUGGAGCAAGGAAGUUAUGAAGAUCUAAUAACUAAUCAAAAUGGCACGUUUAGAGAUUUAAUACGCAAGCAAGCAUUCAUGGUAAAUUCGUAACAGUUUAUUUUAAGCUUAUGC